CCCGUUCUCUCUCUCUCUCUCUCUCUCUCUCUCUCUCUCUUAACCCACUUUCUCUCUCUAACGUCGUCGGAGAACAACUAUGCCGCCGCCAAAGAGGCUCCCAAUCAAGAGAUCCUCCAGCGAGAAGGAGAUCCUCUUCGACGUCGCAGAACCUCCACCAAUCGAAAGCCCUAACACCUCCUACGAUCACCGCCUUCUCUCCAUGCUCUCGCCGAGAAACAAUCGGAGACAUUCCGAUGAGUUUCCUUGGUCGUCUCAGCAUCUCCGUGCUUGCUGCCUCUGCCGCCGCCGCCUCGUUUCCGGCCGUGACAUAUACAUGUACAAGGGCGAGAGCGCUUUUUGUAGUGCAGAGUGCCGGCAGCAGCAGAUGAAUCAGGACGAGGCGAAGGAAAAGUAUUCGAAGAAAGGACCGUCAGGCCCGACCGCCGUAACAAAAGUCUCUGCAAUUAAUGGCGAGACUGUCGCCGCCGUGUAGCCGCCAUAGAUUACUUCCAGAUUUAAAGCAGCCGCCACCGCUCCAGCCAUCUAUCAACGCAUAUAAAAAAAAAAUAUAUAUAUAUAUAUAAAGAUGUUUCUGCGUACUUAAAUGGGGUAACAAAUUUUGGAGCUGCUGUAUGUGAAUGUGAAUAUUACCCUCUAAUUUAAAUUAAUGUUUUU